AUGGAUAAAGACGAAGUUACUCUUAUGGCUUUUGUUGAUUUUAAAAAGGCUUUUGAUCUAAUAGACCAUCAAGUCCUAUUGUCUAAAUUACACUUGUAUAGAGUAGCUGACUCAGCAAUCAAAUGGUUCACAUCUUAUCUCACUGGAAGAUCCCAAUUUGUAACUAUUGAUGGACAGCAGUCAAGUCGUUUGCCUGUUAAUCAUGGUGUGCCGCAGGGUUCAGUACUGGGACCUAUACUGUUUCUUCUAUAUGUAAACGACAUUCCACUCCAUCUAUCACAUUCAUCAGUUGAUAUAUUUCCAGACGAUACAACCUUAUCUGCAAGUACUCAUUGGAAUGAUAUUCCCUCAAUGGUCCAUGAUAUAAAUUGUGAUCUUGCUGCCUUAAAUCAGUGGUCGAUUCAAAAUAAGAUGAGUAUUAACGACGAAAAAACAAAGUUUAUGCUUAUAUCAGGAAAGCGUCUUGAAAAGAAAAUCUUAGAAAAAGGGAAUAUGGACAUAGCAGUUAAAGUGGAUGAUACACAGAUUACUGAAGUAAAUUGUCAAAAACUCCUUGGAGUAACGAUUAGCAAUAGAUUAAAGUAUGAAGAACAUAUUGAUCGAUUAUGUCGGAAACUCUCGAAACAGCUUGGUCUUCUCAAACACAUUAGUCCGUACCUCAAGAAACAACAAAGAGAGUUGUACUUUAAUAGUGUUAUAAAGCCUACGAUGAUGUACGGGAGUGUAAUCUGGGAUAAUUGCAAUGCUGAAUGUUUUCAAAGAGUAUUGAAACUUCAAAAGCGGGCAGCCCGGAUUAUUUUGGAUGCAGAAAAGAUGGCACCUUCAAUUGUUAUGUUUAACACUUUAAAUUGGCUUCCUUUUACGAAGGAGUCUUUGAUCAAGAGAAUAAUGUUAGCGUAUAAGUGUGUAAAUAGUGCUUAUAAUACUCCUAGCUAUCUAAAUUCACUUUUAGCGCGAAAUUCAGAAAGGCAUAGUAGGAAUACACGUUAUUCGAAUUUGAAUAUGCUAUGCCCAAUUUACAAUCGUAAAACAGAAGGAGCCAGAACCUUCACUGUAAGAACAAUUAUAGACUGGAACAAAUUAGAUUUGAACGUUAGAAGUAUACAUUCUGCUUUUAGCUUUAGGCGUAGUAUUUAUAAACAGUUUUUAGAUGAUCAAAAAUGUGCAAAUAGGUUGCAGCGUUAG